AUGAUGAUCAAGCUCUGCAAAAAAAAAAAAAAUUCCGGCAAUUCUGCUGAAAUUUCACACGAAAAAUGUGAGUCAUCUUCGCCAAAUGUUACUUCCGAAAAUUCCACCAAGGAUCUCUCUCCAAGUGCUACAUACCUUAGAGAUAGAAACGGUUAUCUCUUGCCAGAAUUUGGUGAACUUGUGAAGGGAUGUGAUUUAAUUGUCAAAACGACUGGUAUAUCUCCACGUAAAAAUAUGGAAACUCAAGUUCCCUAUGCAGAAUCACCGCAGGGAUAUAAAUACGCUGAACCCAACAGAGAGAUUAGUAGCACAAGGAGCAAGGUUAAAACACUCCAAGAGAGGGAGAGGAACCUGGAAAUUCAACUUCUCGAGUAUUAUGGCCUUAAAGAGCAGGAAACUGCAGUUAUGGAAAUGCAAAACCGGCUAAAAUUAAACAAUAUGCAGGCUAAACUUUAUAAUCUUACACUCGAGUCCUUACAUGCCAAUAAUAGAAGACUAGAGGCAGAAGUGGCUGAUUAUGCUAAAGUUGUGACCAAAUUGGAAAAGCUGCUAAUGAAGAAACUUAGGUCUGAAGCUGAACAGAAUAUAGAACAGAUUUUGACCCUUCAAUAA